UGCACACAGCACGUAGUAGAGCACGCACUGUUUGCAGUCGGAUCGGAGAAGGACGAUGGAUCGGCAAUCAAGCAGCAGCAGCAGCACCAAGAUGGAGAAGGGACUCUUCCGAUUCCUGCCGGAGGAAGUGAAGGAGAUGGAGGAGCGCCUGUUCCCCGUCACCAUCAUCAAUCGCAGGCUGGAUCACGUCCUCAUGGAUGAGCUCGCCGUGAAAUUCAGCUACUCUCGGGGCCUUGCUGGCAUCACGACUCCCGUCAAGUCAAAGCAGGUGCUCAACUGGUUUCAUAACAAUCGUAGCAAGCAUUGCCCCAAGCAGAUAGCGAAGGAAGAACAUGCUACGCCUCCGGUGAGCACAAGGGAGUUUGGGGCCAAGCAUCAGCAAGCUCGAGGCUCCUCAUCCCUCAGCAAGUUGAAGCCAACAGUCACUACGCACGCAGGAUCUUCGUCUUCCUCAGGGAAUAAUUAUAUUGAUGGUCACAUGAAGUAUGAAGCUAAGUCAGCUAGAGAUGGCGCUUGGUUUGAUGUCCAAGACAUCGUGGCUCAAAGGUUUUGCGAAUCAGGUGAUUUGGAACUAUUGGUUCAUUUUUCUGGACUUGGAGCAGAGGAACCUGAAUGGAUCAAUGCUCGUACAUGUUUGCGGCAACGCUCAGUGCCAUACAAGGCCACAGAAUGUGCAACUGUUCGUUGUAGGGACCCUGUUCUUUGUUAUAAGGUAAGUGAACAGAGUGGCCUCUAUUUUGAUGCUGAAGUGCAUGUUAUUGAAAGGAAAACGCGUCAUCCAAGAGAAGAAUGUGAUUGUAAAAUCCUUGUUCUUUAUGUGCAUGAUAAUUCUGAGGAUAUUGUUACACUAAGGAAGUUGUGCCGUCGAUAUGUAGGAGAUGACUACAAACCUCAAACUUCGUAUGAGCAACGAAAAGAAAAGAAAUAGCUUACUAGCUCAAGAAAAAAAAUUAGCAUCAAUUGGAUGCCAUGUUUAAUAUUGCCAUACCUUUUUAGAACAAUGUAUGCUUUGUUUGUUACAAUGUAUUUGGUGGCUUAUGAGUGUUGCUACAGAUUGGAAACUAAUAUUAAUUGUGUGAAGAUGUAAGACUUCAGGACAAGGAAAUACAUGUCUUUGUGAAGUUCAUCAGAGUCACACUACCAGAGAAAUGGCCUUUCGUAGG